GCAGAGGGCUCCGGGGCUGGCAGAGGCGUCCUCAGCCCGGGUCUCAUUUCUUUUAGGCCUCUGCAUCAGCCAUCGGCCAGCCGCAUUUUUAGGACCCGCAUAGGCCAAACUUCCUUUCCAGAUGGGGAGGAGGGGGUGGGGGUGGGGCUGGCUCAGAAUCCCCUCCAUCUGCCUGGUACCAUUCGCACGGGUCUUAUCUCUCUAACCCCGGGGCUCGGACUUGGCCAGCUCGGUCAGUUACUUUAGCCAGUUUAACUUUGCUCCUCUCCGCCUCUAGUCCCACCUCUCCGGCCUGCCCUGAUUGGUCACUCCUCAGACAUCCCACUCCCCGCCCCCCCCCCCAACUCGUGCUUUGUUGCGAGAUUCUAAAACCAGAGGAAGGAAGUUGGGUGUAAUUGACUAGAAGGAAGGGGUUGUCACUAGCAAAGUCUUUCUCCGGGAGGCCCAGGUCCGUAGGCCUGGAGGACCCGGCGAACCAACAACUGGACAGCCAUGGAAAAAAAGCCUUCUCCAGGGAAAGAGGAAGGAGAAGAAGGAGAAGAAGAGGAAGAAGAGGAGACUGGUCCCGAAGGAGCUCUGGGGAAGAAUCCAUUCCAGCUGACAGCAGAGGAUGUCUAUGACAUCUCCUAUGUGGUGGGGAGGGACCUGAUGGCCAUCACUGGCGACUCCAGGGAUGUGGCCACCAGGGUGACCCAGCUCCAGUUUAAAAUCGUGAGGAUCCUGGAGAUGCUGGAGGCCUUGGUGAAUGAUUGCAACUUGACAGUAGAGGAGCUCAGGAUGGAAAGAGACAGCCUUCGAAAGGAGGUGGAGGGGCUCAGGAGUGAGGGGCAGCCCCCAAACACGGAAGAGGUGAACCCAGGGCCCAACAAAGUGGUGGUGGAUCUGACAGAUCCCAAUCGCCCCCGAUUUACGAUGCAGGAACUCCGAGAUGUGCUGCAUGAGAGGAAUAAGCUCAAAUCCCAGCUGCUGGUGGCUCAGGAAGAGCUCCAGUGCUACAAGAGUGGGCUCAUCACACCGAAUAACAGCCAGGUGGCAAGAAGAGACCCCCAAGCUGUCAUCACCAGCACCCCGAACUCAAAAGGAGGCAAACAGGAGAAAACAAUCAUCAGGAAGCUCUUCUCUUUCAGGGCAGGGAAGCGGACCUGAUCCUGAGCCCCUAGGCCUGUGCAGGUGCUGUGGCCAGCUCUGAAGACCUGGAAUGCCUUUAUUGUGCCAUGUGUAGAUAAUAAGAUUUACUGAUUUAUUUUCCCCUAAAAAAAACAUUGAGAAGGAAAUAUAUGAUGUUGUUUUCCCCCCCUCUGCUUAAUUUCCCCUUGGCUCUCUGUUAAGAGAGACUAGUGGGAAGAAAGAACACUAGAUUUUGAGUCAGAGGACCUGGGUUUGAAUUUCACCUCAGUGGCUGUGGCGAGGCAGUUCCCCUGCCUGGAUCUGAGUUUCUCCAACUGUAGGGGGAGGUACUUGAGCUAAGUGAUCCCUACCUCUCUUUCCACUUUAAAGUCCUCAAACCCUCUCUGUUGUCAGACUCUGGAGACCCCACACGCAGAAGGUGGGGUCAGAGCAGAUAAAAUUGUCCCAUGGAACCCACAGGCAUGAGAAGGCAGUCUAGAAUGAUGGAAUGAGAUCUAGCUCUGGAACUGGAGAAGCUGGAUUCGGAUCACACCUUGCGGAGUCUGAGGAGCUGGGUUGAAACCCUGCCCACUGAUGCUUCCAACCUGCUUGACCUUGGGUGGGUCACUUAGGUCUCAAUUUCCUCCCCUGUCGAAUGAUGGGCCAGUACCCUAGGGCCCGGGCUCCUUUGUCUCUAGAGGCGUGCUGAAGUGCUGCCGAUAGGUUUUUGGGUGCUCUGACCAAGUCUUCAGAGGUUCCAUUAGGGGGUAGAUCAUGGCCCAAUGACAUCGCCCCAGAACUGACCAUUUGCUUCCACUUUUAAUAUAGAAGCUAAUUAAAAUCAGCAUAUUCUGAUUAAAUUCCUAGAGUGUACAGAGGCCUAUGGUAGGCAUUAGGGGAAAGAAAAACUGGAAAAGACAAUGAGCCGUGCCCUUGUGGUGCCAGCAGUGAAAAUCAUCAGCUAAAAGGAGAACAGGAAAAGUCCAUAUGAAAAGUAUAAAUAAAUGUUUUCCUACGCAUUUUACUGGUUAUAGCCUCAUAGGACUUUGGGCUGGAAAGAACCGCAGAAGUUACCUUGUCUAUCCCACUGAUUUUUAUAGACAAGGAAACUGAAGCCCAAAAUGUUAAAUUGACUUACCCAAGGUUACACAGGCGUUAAGUAUUAGAGCAAGGAUUCGAACCCAGGUCCUUGGACUUGAGAAUCUGUGCUCUUUUCCUCUUUACCACCAUGGUAUUGACUAUUUUAAUAACUUUCUUUCUAAGGUUUUGUACUGAGAUAAAUAAAAUGACUUUUCUACCUUCUGUAACUCA